CGUGUCGGUUGUUUGGUUGUUGCUUGUUGGAUGUCGGUUAUCGGUUAUCGGUUGUUCGCAGUACGUUGCUCGGUUGUUGCACGUUGCACUCGCACGCUGCAGUCGCACGUUGCUGCCGCCGCACGCAGAUUUUGGGGACAGCCGAAAAAGCACUCGAGUUAUAUUAUUCUGACACAAUUUCGCAGAGUGCAAAACUGCCGAAUGGCGAAAACUGCAACGACCUGUGUGUGGAGUGAGUCGCUUUUUGUUUAUGCGAGAUAAAACAAAAGCAAGAGGAGAAGAAAAUAUAUAAAAAAAAAAGAGAAGAGAGGCAGAAGAGUCAAAAGAUUUAAACUUAGUGGCGACGUCCGGCGAUUUUACAAAAUUUUUUAAUCAACUCCGUUGGGCGCGAGACUUGACCAUUUGACUUUUUUCGAACAAGUUUGCAUUCGAGUUCCGCCGCCUCGUCUUCGUCGCCGUGUCGUCUGCCUCUGUGUGCGUUUUUCGGCAAUUAAAAUCCAUUAAUGCAAUUGUUGCUUACCAAUUCCCGGGCCCCCCCAAAACCUUUAUGCAACAGGGCCGAAAUCAACGCAACAAGGGACGUACUCUAGCCGCAAUUGAAGUCUGUGUGAGGUCACCAUGCCCAUUUGCAAAAGUUCGCCGGGUACGGCGAGCAAGAAGACAGCCACUGAUAUAUCCGCCGACCACGUGACGGAGGCUGCCCAGGUGAAGCGGACCCGGGAGCAGGCCUACUUCAACUCCUACGAUUUUGAUGCAAUCGAGGUGCUGCCCUACGACGAGGAAGAUGAUGAGACCGGGAGCACAACUCAGAGCAGGAGUAGGAGCCAAAGCAGGAGCCAAAGUAGGAGCGGUAGCAGCCGAAGCAGCAGUGCCAGGAGCUAUUCCGCAACCAAUGAUCCAACUGGUGCAGCCAACAAAUUCGCAUAUCUGCAGCGUCUGGGAGCCUUCUUUGCCAAAAAUGGAGGAGCAGGAGGAGGAAGUGGAGCCAGCGGAGCAGCUAGUGGAGGAGUAGCAGCAUCGGCAGGAGCUAGUGCACCUAACGGAGGAGGUAGCGCCAGUAACCCGAUGCCCAAGGGCAGCAGCGAGAACUUUCUGCUGCCACGAGCCAUGCUCAAAUAUCAAAGCUCCGCCACGCCAACAACGACGACGACGACGACGACAUCGGGUCCACCAGUAUCCACCGCGGUGUCCACUGCUGCUGCUGCAGCGUCCACAUCCACUGCUGUUGCUUCAAUGCCAUCGGCGGGGCUGGCCAAGAUUGGGAAUGCAAGUGGUCACGACCAGCAGCUGGAGGAGCGCAGCAAGAAGUGCUCGCUGGCCUCCAAUGUCAGCAGCGUGCAUUCCGCGGAUUCCGGACUGCCAACAACAACAGCAGCAGCAGCAGCAGCUGCGGCCUCAUCAUCAUUAUCAUCAUCAUCAUCCUCUGCUGCUGCAGUGGCAGCCACAUCUGCUGGAGCGACAGCCACGCAGGCCACCAGCGGCGGCGGUUCCCAUUACUCGACGGACAAGAGCGGCUCGUCCGGUUACUACAGCUCCAACGUGUGCUCCACUUACUCGCUGGACGAGCACAUCUACUGCGAACCGGUCAUCGAUGUGCAGGAGAAGAUCAAGCGUCUGCGUCCGCAGCUUCAGCUCCCGCUUGCGCUCCCCAGUUCCCAGAAGGAGGGAGUGGCCCCACCAGUAGCAGCCACCCCGACAGCAGUAAAGAGCCAGCUCUCGGACAUGCAAGAUGCAGCCGGAGCUGCUGCAGAUAGGAAUCUUUCGACUCAGGACAAGCAGGCGGCGGCUGCGGCAGGAAGCGAGGUCUCGCCGCACCUGUACAGCGACAAGCUGCGCAUCCUGGAGACCAGCAUUGAGAACCUGGACCGCCACCUCAAGACCUUUCCCUGUCUGUAUGCCCAGGAGCACGUGGUUAACUUUGUGCAGACGUCAGGCUCUACUCAUGGCCUGGACAUUGGCGAGAAGCUGAGAGCCUACAACCAGCUGCCCACCAUCCUGGAACAGCAACACCAGCACCAGCAGCAGCAGGAUCAGCAGUUGGUGGACGACUCCCUCCUAGACAUUGAUCUGGAUGCAUUUCUCCUAGCACCCAAUGAGGCCGCCCAUCAUCGGGGUGGCAUCGACAAUCCCAGCUUCCUGAACGACGAGCAGCUGGCGGAGAACAACUACAAGUGCGCCAAGUACAUCAACUCCUGUCCGGAGGAUGCCUACCACCUGGAGAGCGAGCGAGGCGGAGCCGGGGAGAGCUUCGCCAAGCGCUACGAGGAUCAACUGCACUUCCAGAACACCCGCGAGCUGCUGGAGGAUGUCCGUGAUAAGAUACGCCUCCUGUCCAGAGCCACGCCCUCGCCGGCCGCCACGCCGCCUCCGGAUGUGCCCAAGGAGCUGGAGGGCAUGAUCCACACGCUGAAGCACGAGCUGGAGUCCUAUCUGCAGCGCAUGAACCAGCACAGCGAGCUGGAGCUGCGCCAGCUGUGCAGCGGCCUGGGUCGCCAGCAGCACGUCGUCCGGCUGCAGAAUGCCCUGGAGCGGCGGCGCAGCUGUGCUGACCUCCAGCUGGCCUCCAAUGCCUACGAGGCAGUCCGCGACGGUGUCCUUAUCUCAGCCAACGGUCGGUCCCUCAGCGUCCGCGAGCAGAUUAUGACCAUUCGAUGCGCCAGCGAUCCCAACUUUAAGAUGAAGCGCAAGUCCAUAGCGGAGAUCUUCCCAGCCGCCGAGUGCUACGUGGAAUCGGAGGAGGUGACCACCACCAGCCUCUCACGCAGUGCCACGCCCUCGCCAGCCUCCACGCCUCAGCUGGAGCUGGAGGCUUUGCAUCCUUCGCUGCCUGGACUGACCACCACCACUGUGGUUACACAAUUGCAGCGCAACCUCGCCUUCCACAAGCCCAUCCUGGCGGUUCCCGCCAUUUUCAACGGUCAGGGCAGUCAGGGUGGCUUGGCCGCCGCCAGCGGAGCAGGUGGAGCUGGCGGGGAGAAGGAGAGCAUUGCCGAGUGGCACCGCAAGAAGCCCAGCAUCUGGGAGAUGUACUACGGCACCAAUCGGCUGCACCAGUCGCUCCUCGGCAAGCAACGCAGCGGCGGGGAGCUAGUCGUCAGCAGUGCCCAGCCCACGUUGUCCUAUCCAUCCUCACGACCCGAAUCCGACUUCACCCUCGACCUGCCGCGGGCCGAGCAGCUGCGCCUGAAAAUGGAGAAGGAGAAGAAGUUCCGCCAAAGAUGCCGCUUCAUCACCACGUUCCUCAGCCUGGUGUUCUUCCUGCUGACCGUGAUGGUGGUCAGCCUGGUGUUGACCCGCGGCAAACGGAUGUUCGGCAGCAUGAUCUGAUGAAGAUGGGUUGAAACCCGCACUCUCGAUCACUGCCCACACCACUUAGUCUCUAGAUCCGACUCUGCGGACAGCAGAGAGCGCGAAUAUUACAAAAACUACAGUGCCAACCACAAAUGUAACACAUUAGCGAAGCUCAAGUUUAGCGUUAGUGGUAGUUGUAAGCUCCUCCUGGUUUUUCUUAUUGUUCGGCAGGCGAAGUCGCAGUAUUCUUAAUAAAUUAUUUAUGUGAUCCUAGUUGAUAAGUCCAAGCGAGUGCAUUUCUUUCUGUGUGUGUGUGUACUAGUGUACUGCCUGUAACCUGUAACCAGCCUAGAGCGCUUGGCCAACCUAUUGUUAAGUCCAUCAAACUGUAUUAAGUCUAAUUGUAUGCCUAAUUGUACCUAAACUAUAGCUAGUGUCUUGUGAAAAAAGCGAAAAAUAAACAGAAUACCGAGUACAUUUAA